UGCUGAAAGAAGAAGAAGAAGAAAUGGAUAAACCUCUGAAGUUUCAACUGAAACAUCGUUAAGAGAUUCUACCCUCAGUAGGGUUUUGGAGAAUAUUCUCUCUCUACAAAUGGUUUCCAUAUUCUCUCUCUAUCCCUGCAAUCCCCUCCUCUAUUCUUCUUCUUCUUCUUCCUUUCGGAACUUUGUUGAAUGGCAUUUCAAUCCGAGUUCGAAUUCGAAUUCGAAUUCUGCAUCUUCAUCCAUUGACGGAAGAGGAGGUGGUGGUGGUGGCAGCAAGGUGCUGCUUGUGGUUGCUGCGGCGCAUUCCAAUCCAAACAUUCUCAAGACCAACCGCAAGUCUAAGUACGGUUACCCUCUCUCUACCUACGAUUCCGACGACGACGACGACGACGACGAUGACGAUGACGACGAGGACGGUGAUUGGCUCUCUGAUGAAGAAUUUGCUGAGCCUGCUCGCUUGGACACUAAUGGCAAGAGAUCUAAGUUGCAUGCAAGUAAAGGAAAAGAAAGACAAAAUGAAAAGGAAUGGGGUGUAAGAGAUUUUGAUAAUGUACCAAGCACUGGAAUGCGCGGAAGCGAGGGAGUGGCGUCUUUACGGCGAAACUACAAUGGAAAGCUUGAUAAGAACUUAAAGGAGAAGAAAUAUCCACGGCUGUCGGAAGAGAUUAUCUUGGAUUCGAAAUGGUUACCGCUUCUUGAUUACUUAAGCACCUUUGGAAUCAAGGAGUCACACUUCGUCCAGAUGUAUCAAAGGCACAUGCCGUCACUUCAAAUCAAUGUAUGCUCUGCACAGGAAAGGUUAGAUUACUUAAUGAGUGUCGGUGUCAAACAUAGAGAUGUUAGAAGAAUCCUUGUGAGGCAGCCUCAGAUUCUGGGGUAUACGGUGGAGAACAAUUUGAAGUCUCAUGUUGCUUUCUUGGCAGGCUUGGGAAUACCAAGUUCCAGGAUAGGGCAAAUCAUUGCCGUCGCUCCAUCGCUUUUUUCUUACAGUGUUGAAAAUUCAUUAAAACCGACAGUAAGAUAUUUAGUUGAGGAAGUUGGAAUCAAGGAAAGAGACUUGGGUAAGGUCAUUCAGCUAAGCCCACAAAUCCUUGUCCAGCGCAUUGACGUUUCAUGGAAUACUCGAUACAUGUUUCUAGCCAAAGAGUUGGGAGCACCCAAAGAUAGCAUAGUGAAGAUGGUGACGAAACAUCCUCAGCUUCUCCACUACAGCAUAGAUGAUGGAUUACUUCCAAGGAUAAACUUCCUAAGAAGCAUAGGAAUGAAAAAUUCAGACAUCUUGAAAGUAUUGACUAGUCUUACACAGGUGCUAUCUCUGUCCCUAGAGGACAAUCUGAAGCCCAAGUAUUUGUACUUGGUAAAUGAACUCAACAACGAGGUGCAAUCCUUGACCAAAUACCCAAUGUACCUUAGCUUGUCUUUGGACCAAAGAAUCCGUCCUCGUCAUAGGUUCUUGGUUUCCUUGAAGAAAGCUCCAAAAGGACCCUUUCCACUUGGAUCUCUUGUUCCAACUGAUGAAUGCUUUUGUCAACAGUGGGCUGGAACUAGUUUGGAUAAAUAUUUGGCAUUUCGUCAAAGAUUAUUAGUCAGAAGGUUUGCUGAGAAAUUCGAAAGAAAAAUGUGACAGACCAGGAUCAAUUUUGUGUUAAUAUACUUGCAAUCAGUACUGAAGGAAGAACAAUCUCUAGAAAUCUAACAUCGAGUAACAUGUUGCUAUAUUUUUUUUUCGGCAUUAUGGCUGAAGCAUGAUCCUUUGAGUUCCUUCAUUAUUCUCGGGUUGUUUAUAAAGCAUUUUGAUAUGAAAAGACAGAACACAUCAUAGUGCAGUCUGCACCGUAAGGUUGUGGACAAUAUUGCAAACUUACGCUGGUAUAAAUUAUAGAAGGAGGCGGCAUCAAGUUAAAUUUACAGCUUAUAUAUUCUGUCAUUAGGAUUUAUUUCUGCUUUGGUGUUUUUGCUGCUUUAUUUAUUUAAUAUUUAUUUAGUUUUUCUUCAAAUCAAUAUUACUUUAUUUGUUACACGUUUCACCAUCACCAUUCAGAUACAAACUUGAAAAUUGUAUGUCAUCAUGGAUACAAGCUAAAAUAUCAUGUUCAAUCUCUUGAGAUACU